AUGGGCGUCACACCAGAGGAAAUGGAGGCCGUCAUUCGGUCUGCAAUUCCAAUCACUCAUCUACAAAUUCUCGACGAGUCGAGUGGAUGUGGGGAGAACUAUUCUGUCGUCAUUGUCAGCGAGGCGUUUGAGGGAAAGAAUACGCUGGCCAGACAUCGCAUGGUGAACGAGAUGUUGAAGAAGGAGAUUUCUUCCAUCCACGCGUUCACACAGAAAACGUUCACGCCGAAACAGUGGGAGGCGCAGCAGGCGAAGGGAUAG